CGAGGCAGACACAUUUUUUUUGUGUCUUAACAGAGAGGAGCGACUCAGACAGACGGCAGUGGAGAGUUCUGGAUACAGUUUAAAACUGGCUCGUAAAAAGGAAAGGAUGUCCUUAUAUGGCAGUUUUCUGUCUGAUGAGCAGUUCCAGUGCUCCAUUUGCCUCGAUGUGUUCACCAACCCUUCAUCCACACCAUGUGGCCACAGCUUCUGCAUGGCCUGUAUCAGCAGAUACUGGGAUGGAUCCAAGGUUUGCCAGUGUCCUCUGUGCAAAAAGUCCUUCCAGAAGCGUCCCGACCUCCAGAUCAACAGGACCCUACGAGAGAUCACUGAGCAGUUCAAAUCGAUGAGAGGAGGGGGAGGAAAGAGAGAGAAAAGAGGAGGAGGAGACGGAGGAGUACAAGAAAGUUUCUUCGAGGAGCUGAAGAAGAAGCUGCCUCGACCUCUGCCGAAACUGCCGAAACGGAACCACGAACCAGCAGCUGACCCAACCUCUCUGGCUACUUCAGUACCAAACCCCAGUCCACUGGCUGCCCUGAUCCCUCCCUCUGGACCCCCUCCACCACCUCCACCUUACUGCCGCUCUGGUGGCCGGAGAAGGUUCACAGUGACCGGGGCUGCUAGUGGCAGCAGCAUCCCUAUCUGCGAGGUCCACCACAGAGGAAUCUUGUUCUACUGUCGGACAGACAAAGUGUGUAUCUGUCCUGAUUGUGCAUUCUACGAUCAUCAGGAUCAUGAGACGGUUUCUGUAGAACAGGAGUGGAUAGAAACCAAGGUUCAGCUGAGUGUGUCGGAGCAGGAGAUCCAGGACAUGAUCAGACAAAGAAUCAGGAAGAUGGAGGAGAUCAAAAAGUCGGUCGCUGAGGUGGAGUUGGCCGUAGAGCGUGAGAUGGCGGGCAGCGUCUGCCUGUAUUCGGAGCUCGUGUCCACCAUCCAGCGCUCCCAGGCAGAGCUGAUGGAGGUGAUGGAGAUGAGCCGGAGGGCCGCGGUGCACCAGGCCGAGAUGAUGUUACGACAGCUGGAACUGGAGUUGGAAGAGCUGCAGAGGAGAGAAAACAGCCUGGCUGAGCUCGCCCAGCUGGACGACGCCUUAGAAGGGGUCAAGGCUUUCCCCCUCCUCUCCAGUCCUCCUCCUGCCAAAGACUGGUCUGGGGUAUCCCUGAACACCGAAUUAGGAACAGGAACCAUCUACAGAUCUCUGGCAGCUCAAGUAGAGAGUUUCCACAAAGAGCUGAUGAUGGUCGCAGAAAAAGGUUUUGCAGCCACAUUAAUGGAACCCAGUCCAGUUCCAAUACAGCCCAGGAUGAAGAGGGUUCAGGAGUAUGCAGUGGACGUGACUCUGGACUAUAACACGGCUCAUCCCAGACUGAUUCUGUCAGAGGAUUUGAAGAGUGUGAGGUGUGGAGAACGACAGCAGAUGCUUCCGGAUAAUCCAGAGAGGUUUGACAGAGUCGUCUGUGUGCUGGGGAGGGAGAUGAUCACCUCUGGGAAACACUACUGGGAGGUGGAGGUUGGCGGGAAGACGGACUGGGAUCUUGGAGUGGCCAGGCACUCCAACAACAGGAAGGGGAAAAUUGACAUCACCCCAAGCAACGGAUACUGGUUCCUCAGCCUGAGAGACAAGAAUAAGUACGCCUUUCGCUCCGAGCCCUCCACGGACGUCCAGAUGAGCCUUACCCCACAGAAGAUCGGCGUAUUUGUGGACUAUGAGAAAGGACAGGUGUCUUUCUACAACGUCGACUGCAAGCUCCACAUCUACACAUUUAACGACACUUUCGGCGACACCCUCUUCCCGUUCUUCAGCCCCUGCACGAAUAAAUCUGGAAAGAAUGACGGGCCUCUGAUAAUCACGCCAGUAUGCCUGAAAGAAUGACAAAAUAACAUAUAGUUGCUUCUUAAUCUCCUUUUGAACCUCCUGACUUUUGCUCUGAAAAUACACUUUGUUGUGAUGUUUUUGUCUAUGUUCAUUGUCUUCUCAAAACCUUCC